AGUCAGUCUGCAAAAUGAAGAUUUUGGGGGUUUUCAUUCUUUGCAGGAGCCACAAAGAUCGUGAACUGAAGUAAAACAUUCAGAGUGGAAACCAAUUUUAAGGAUUAUGUUUACAACAAAUUGAUACCAUCAAGAGAGAAACACUUUUCAGAAUAAAGUGUCAUUAAAAAAAAGAGAGAGACUAUUUAUGCUGAAAGAAAACUGGAUUAACAAUGAGGCCAAAGACUUUUCCUGCUACAACUUAUUCUGGAAACAGCAGACAAAGGUUACAAGAGAUUCGGGAAGGUUUAAAGCAGCCUUCUAAAUCUUCAGGUCAGGUCUUACCUGUUGGACCAGGCAGUGAAACGUCUCUGGACCCUAAAAUUUUAGUAGGGAAAGAUGCUGCCAGGCAGCAGCAAAUGAGACCAACAGCCAAGUUUGGACCUUAUCAAAAAGCACUGCGAGAAAUCAGAUAUUCCUUAUUGCCUUUUGCUAAUGAGUCAGGCACCUCAGCAACUAUAGAAGUAAAUAGGCAGAUGUUACAGGAAUUGGUGAAUGCAGGCUGUGAUCAGGAGAUGGCUGUACGAGCACUGAAGCAGACAGGCAGCAGGAGCAUUGAAGCAGCUCUGGAAUACAUCAGUAAAAUGGGCUACCUGGAUCCCAGGAAUGAGCAGAUUGUGCGUGUGAUUAAGCAGACCUCGCCAGGGAAGGGGAUGGUGCCAAAUAACGUAACCCGCAGGCCAAGUUUUGAAGGAUCAAACGAGUCUUUUCCGUCCUAUCAUCAGAUUGGCAAUGCAACCUAUGAAGGGACAAGCUUUGGAGCAGAAGGUGCAGACAUGCUCAGUGAUGUUCCAAGGCCAUACAUGGACUAUUUAAUCUCUGCUUCACAGUCUGCAGCCCUGAACCCUCCUGUACAGAGACCUUCAGCAGUGGGCUCUCACAGUGCUCCUGGAAGCCAUCAGCAUCAGCAGAAAACAUACUCUGCAAAUAUAGACUCCUCUGUGAUUAAUUACCCAGGGGCUAAUCAUGGCAGCCAAGCUCUACAGCUACAGGUCACACAUGGCCCAAACAGCCCACAUUACAGCAGGCAGCACAUGAUGGUGCAGGGGGAACCGAUGGGAUAUGGCAUUCAGCGGACUCCAUCUUUCCAAAACAAAAUGCAGCAGGAGGGAGGAUAUGCAAAUCUCCCAAAUAAAGGGACGGUUGUUCAGAAUAACUCUGGUCAUGCAUUUCAGCAGGCACCAGCGAGUCUGUAUAUACCACAUUCUCAUCACAAACAAACAAGCCCUUCCUCUCAUCAAAUGCAUGUGAUAGCCAGAGGUUCAGCCUUUGCUAAUGAUUUUUCAGAUAGUUCACCACAGAGCUUAUUAACUCCAUCUCGAAAUAGCCUAAACAUGGACCUGUAUGACAUGAAUAAUCCUCAAGUUCAGCAGUGGCAAACAGCAACACCGUCACGCCGUGAUUCUUUACAAAGCCCAGGAAUAGAAACAUCUCCACGGCAACACGUAACCUUCAGACAAGAUGCCACAGUGCCAAGCAGAACAAACUCCUUUAACAACCACCAACAACAGCCCCAAGUGCCUGUAUCUAUGAGACAGGUUCCCCCAGGCAAACCUGAUGCCUCAAUUACAUCUCCAAAUACCAUCACAGCAGUCACAUCUGCUCAUAUUCUCCAACCGGUGAAGAGCAUGAGAGUGAUGAGACCUGAACCUCAAACUGCGGUAGGGCCUUCCCAUCCUGGCUGGCUGCCUGCACAGACCCCAGCGGUGGAUGGCUUAGAAAUUAUUGAACCACAUCAGCUUCCCGUUGGAGGAGCUAAUGCCUACCAACUAGAGGUUGAUUAUAGCAGCCAGGAGCCCAGAUGUCCACCACCACCAUAUCCUAAGCAUUUGUUACUUCCCAGUAGCUCUGAGCAGUUUGAUAUCAACUGCUUGUGUAUGGGUGUAGAACAGACCCUCCGGGGGGUUCCCAGUUCAACAUGCAGUAAAGCUGAGGAAAAUGGUGAAAGGAAUGACAAAAGCAGCAAGAAUGCUAAAAUGGAAAAACCGGGCAAGGAUAAAAAGCAGAUCCAGACAUCUCCUGUGCCAGUGCGGAAAAAUGGCAAAGAUGAAGAAAAAAGAGAAUCCCGUAUUAAGAGUUAUUCACCAUUUGCCUUCAAGUUCUACAUGGAACAACAUGUAGAGAAUGUCAUAAAGACCUACCAGCAAAAAAUUAACAGGCGGCUGCAGCUGGAGCAAGAAAUGGCCAAAGCUGGUCUUUGUGAAGCAGAACAGGAGCAAAUGCGGAAAAUUCUCUACCAAAAGGAAUCUAACUACAACAGACUGAAGAGGGCCAAAAUGGACAAGUCCAUGUUUGUAAAAAUCAAGACCCUAGGGAUCGGUGCUUUUGGGGAGGUGUGUCUUGCCUGCAAGGUGGACACUCAUGCCCUUUAUGCCAUGAAAACUCUGAGAAAGAAGGAUGUCCUGAAUCGUAAUCAGGUGGCUCACGUCAAAGCGGAAAGGGAUAUACUCGCUGAGGCAGACAAUGAAUGGGUGGUUAAACUCUAUUACUCAUUUCAAGAUAAGGAGAGUUUGUACUUUGUGAUGGACUACAUCCCCGGCGGGGAUAUGAUGAGUCUGUUGAUACGGAUGGAAGUCUUCCCAGAGCACCUAGCUAAGUUUUAUAUUGCAGAGCUCACUUUGGCCAUAGAGAGUGUACACAGAAUGGGAUUUAUCCAUAGAGACAUCAAACCUGACAACAUUCUUAUAGACCUUGAUGGACAUAUUAAACUGACUGACUUUGGGCUCUGCACUGGAUUCAGGUGGACCCACAAUUCCAAAUACUAUCAGAAAGGGAGCCACAUCCGACAGGACAGCAUGGAGCCCAGUGAUCUUUGGGAUGACGUGUCCAACUGUAGGUGUGGAGACAGGCUGAAGACCUUGGAGCAAAGAGUUAAAAAACAGCAUCAGAGAUGUUUAGCCCACUCAUUAGUUGGGACCCCUAAUUACAUUGCUCCUGAAGUGCUGCUUCGUAAAGGAUACACUCAACUUUGUGAUUGGUGGAGCGUUGGUGUAAUUCUCUUUGAGAUGUUAGUGGGGCAGCCUCCCUUUCUGGCUCCCACCCCCACAGAAACCCAACUAAAGGUAAUAAACUGGGAGAGCACCCUACACAUUCCCUCGCAGAUCAAGCUGAGCCCCGAAGCAAGUGAUCUUAUCACAAAACUGUGCUGUGCUGCUGAGGACAGACUUGGAAGAAAUGGAGCAGAUGAUAUUAAGGCCCACCCUUUCUUUAAUUCUAUAGAUUUCUCCACUGAUAUCCGCAGGCAGCCAGCUCCCUAUGUUCCAAAGAUCAGCCAUCCAAUGGACACCUCAAAUUUUGACCCUGUUGAAGAAGAAAGUCCUUGGAACGAUGCUAGUGGUGACAGUACCAGGACAUGGGACCCACUUGCCUCUUCAAACAGCAAACACACAGAACAUGCGUUUUAUGAGUUUACUUUCCGAAGGUUCUUUGAUGACAAUGGAUAUCCAUUUAGAUACCCCAAACCUUCUGGAAUCGAAGUUAGCCAGUCUGAGAAGUGUGAUGUAGAAAACAAAGAUGUGGUGGAUCAGACUGGAGCCUGCCAACCUGUAUAUGUGUAAAUUAUUGUACAGAGUACUCCAAAUGAUCUUAUUUGCAAGUCCCAGAGGGCCUUUAGCUGACCCCUUAGGACCCAACCUUGCAGCUCUUACUCAGGCACAGCUCCAGUUGAGGCCAUGGUGCAUCUGGGGAGUUGAGAGCCUGCAGGGCCAGGUCCUAAAUGGGCACUCUUUUGUUCAGGUCAGUUUUAUUGUAAAUAGCUAUGCUAAUAAAUGACACUUGAAAGCCUGGUCUUCACCGCUAUCUGCAAGGCCAGCGAUCUGUCAUUUCUAGGCCUGUUUUUUGUUUGAGGUCAGCAUCCCCCUACUCUGAUCAGCAUUUACGGACUUCCACAACUUUCCACAUUAUUUUUAAAAGAAUAAAGAGCACUUAUAUUUUGUUUAUAGCAAGGGUUUUUUUCCUACUAAAUUAUAGGGAUUAACUUUGACAAAUCAUGCUGCUGUUCUUCUUUUCUACAUUUUUAUUUUAUCCAUAGCACUUAUUUCACAUUUAGGAAAAUGCAUAAAACUGAAGAACAUGUGAUAAAAGGUCUCUGUGCAAUAAUGUAAAAAA